AUGGUGUUUAUCUCGCUGGAAGACGUCAUUGAAACAAACAAUUCCAUCCAUGCUGACAAGUGCAAUACACAACAUUCCGUCCAUCCAGAAGCUACACCCCGUGUGGUAGUGACCCCAGGUUCACCAACCAAACAGCAGGGUAUGCCACUUGCACGUGCUGGAUUCUUUUCAAUUCAGCAUACACCAUCGUCGCUGCUGCUGUACGUCUCGGACAGCGUCAUUUGUCAAAAGUGGGUGCUUAGCAAGACUUCAGAUGAUUGUUCGAAACUACGCAAGAACAUCCGACGAGUUGGAAACGAUUGCAGAGACCCUGCGUGUUGUGGCCCUGUACAGCGCCUGUCUUUUAAGAUCAGUACACGCCGAGUAUGGGGCUCGCCAACCAAUACUAGCAAACAGUAUGAUGAAUGUAAUGCGUUCCAGACGUAUUUGAAUGACUUGGUGCAAGCCGUUCUAGGACGCAAUACGGGAUGCCAGACCAUGAAACGGACACGACACCUUCUCGAGGAUUUUCUAAACAUUGCAUAUCAUCGUGCAAACGCUAUGGAUUGCGUGCUCUACCAUAAAAAUCAAGCAGCUUCAUUGACGGUAAAGUCAAUGAAGCCGUGCCAAGUCGGCCGAGGCUGCGAUGACAGCAUCGAGUGCUUAAUCUGUUGCGGUGAUCUGGCGAAUGAUAAGACGUUGCGUCUGCCGUGCGGCCACAAAUACCACGCAGGAUGCAUGCGUGUAUGGUUUAAUGUCCAGCAAACGUGUCCCGUGUGUCGCCUACAUCUCGACAUACGAGUCAUGUCGGAAUAG